AGGGCCGUGUUGGGAGGCUGCACCGGAGGAGCACAGGGCCGUGUUGGGAGGCUGCACUGGAGGAGCAUGGGGCCGUGUUGGGAGGCUGUACUGGAGGAGCACAGGGCUGUGCUGCCGUGCCCCCGGGACAGGGGUGUGGGCAGCACUGGCCGCAGAGGUGACUCCGCUGGUGCUGGGCACAGAGGAGAGGCGGCCGUGGCCCCAGCUCCUCCCCAGCCCCGGCGGGAGCUGAUUGGCGCAGGCACGGCUCCUGCCCCGGGCUCCCUGCAUUUGAGCCGCUUCCAGAAGCUGACAAACCAGACUGGUUACAGCCCGGCUCGGCCCCAGCCCUGCCUGGCCCACGGCAGGAGGCAGCUGCCUGCGCGGGUGCCCGCCACGCCUGCUCCCUUCUGGCACAGCGGGCAGCGCCCAGCUCGGUGCCCUCUCCUCCGGACCGUGGCGGGUCAGUACUGCAUUGCUGCUGGGGCAGGAGGAAGAGGAGGAGGAGGAAAAGGCUGUUGGAUGCUCACGGUGCUGCCCCUCUUGGGGUGGCCUCGGUGAGGGUGAUGGGGCUGCACCAGGCGCUAGAGGCUCCUGACCCAGCGCUCUGGGAGGGCGCCCCAAAGCGCCCCGGAGGGAUGUCGGGACUCUGUGCGGACACUGCUGCCUCCAAACCCUUCGGGCAGCCCUGCUGAAGGAUUCUCCUGCUCUGGAGCAGCGCCCACGUUCCGCACCCAGCCCCGAGGGGACCGGGCGGGCGGGGACCGAGCGGGGUGGCUGCUCUGGCCGCCCCGAUGGAGCCGGCGGCGGGCGAGGGGGCGCAGCCCGGACCGGUGCCGGCAGCCGGUGGGGAAGAAUGUGCCGGGCAGCGGGACCAGAGCGAGACCGCGGGGUCGGGGGACCCCGGGGAGCCGCUCCAACGCUGUGGAGAGGAAUCUGCUGCUGCCUGGAGAUGCUGGGAGCUGCCACGGACGGAGGAUACCAGGGAGCCGCUCCUGCCCGGGCAUGAGCCGCCGCCUGCCCUCGGUGCCUCCCUGCCUGCGGGGCAGGACCUUCCCCGCGGGGAGAGCCCAGGGCCCGGCUCCCAAAGCGUCUCCAGCUCCAUCCUGAGCCUCUUCGGCGAGGCGGAGAAGGCCCCGAGCGGCGGCGGGGCGGGGGCAGCGGAGCCGUGCCCGGUGCUGGCGGGCGGCGAGGACGAGUGCCCGAUCUGCACGGAGCCCUACGACGAGCAGCGGCACAAGGCGGCCGUGCUGAACUGCAGCCACGGGCUGUGCCGGGCCUGCCUGCGCGCCAUCAUGGACACGGCCACGGGCGCCGAGCUCGGCCGCGUGCGCUGCCCCAUCUGCCGCCAGAAGACGCCCAUGCUGGAGUGGGAGAUCUGCAAGCUGCAGGAGGAGCUGCUCCUGCUGCACGCCCAGCCCGGCUCCCCCGCAGCCCUGGCCACCCCCCGGCCCCCUGCCCUGCCGCCCCGGCGCCCGGGCCUGGCCGGCGCCCUCGAGCAUCGCUUCCAGGUGCGCUUCCACACCAGCCGCAUGUUCGGCUGCCUGCCCUGCGUGCGGUACCCGCCCUGCCUCAUCCGCGCCCUGGCCCGGCUGGAGCGGCGCUGCCGCUGCUGCUACCUCGUGCUGCUGGCGCUGCUGCUGGCCGCAGAGAUGCUCAGCCUGCUCCUCAUCUUCCUCCCCAUCCUGCUCAUGGUGAUGCUCUUCCUCAUCCUCGACAAAUAGCGCUGCCUUUGUGCCCUUGGGCUGAGCGUGCGUGGGGAAGGAGCCCAGGGGAGCCCGGCUCCGGCUGUGCCCGCGGCCGCGGUGCCAGCGGGGAGCAGGCCUGUGACCCUGGUGCCCGGGACACCUGGCACUGCCCGUGAGCCCGGGCCGGGGGAGGCAGCGCAGGAGCAGGAGCAGAGGGAGGCGAGCGACCCUGGAGCUGGGCAUGACCUGCACCGCGGUGACAUCGCUGCCGCAGCCAGGGGGCGGAUGGAGUGGGGCGCAUCCCUGCCUGGGGCUGGGCACCAGAGAGGCUCUGCGGGCAGAGCAGGGCUGUGCCAUGGACUGUGCCAUUGCUGUGCCACAGACUGUGUCAUGGACUGUGCCAUUGCUGUCCCAUGGGCUGUGCCAUGGGCUGUGCCAUUGCUGUGCCAUGGACUGUGCCACGGGCUGUGCCAUUGCUGUGCCACCUGCACCCAGGACAAAGGGGCUGGGAUCCCCCAGCAUGCACUGAAAAUACAACCUGUGUUUGUACCACA